AUGCCAAGAAGCGCUCGAUUGGGGAAUGGAGUGCGAGGAGUUUUGAGAGAACAUCUAUCAAGACAUGUUGUUUAUGAAGAGCUUCCUGCUCCACCAAAUGAACCGUUUUAUGAAGAAAAUCAGGGUGAAGAAGAGUUUUUAACGAUUGAUGCGAGUGGAAUGGUGAUCGAGGAAGAAGUUGUCGAACAAGCAAAGAGAAUGGAAGAGUCUUCAAAAGAAGAUGACCAAGGAAGGAAUGGAAGACCGAGCUCAUCGGUUGAAGUUCUUUAUGCAUCGUGUCCACCCGAUCUCAAUUUUGAACAUAUAAAGCGAAUGACGAACUCACCGCUGAACGGUGAAGAUAUUGAGAUCACUCGAAAUAGUGAUGGUGUUUUGCGAAUCCGAACGCUAGCCAUAUCAAAUCAAGAUCAAAAAUCACACUACAAUUUGCAUGAAACUCAAAUUUGUGGAGUUUGUUCACGAGAGAUCGCCGUUCGAGAGAUUUUUUUCAACUUUCCUGAUUGCUUAGAUCGACGACGGAUUUGGGGAAGUAUUCUCGGAUUUCAAUAUCAAGAGAUUCUCCGCGUGAAACAUUCAAAGCACAUCACCCAGUUGCCGAUUUGCACGGAUCAUUUUUCUGAGGAGUGCUAUCGACAAUUUAAUUACAACAAGGCAGCAAUUGAGGCUUUGGGUGUGCCAAAAGGAAGCUCUCCGCGAAAAUUGCCGAUCAAAAUGAAACCCUGGAAGUGCACUGUUUGCUCGUUCUUUUCUUUUAGUGUCAACGAGACUCACUCUCAUAUGCUUGAAACGCACGGUGAUGAUCAGGAGUUGUUUAUUGGGAAUAAAAUGGGAGUCGCUUGUCCGUUUUGCCGUAAAUGCACUUACGGUUACCGAACGCCGCAAGGUUUUCAACGACAUAUGAAUGCUUCACCCACCGAGCAUGGACACUUAAGAAAAAUCUGGGAGCAAGCGAGAUCGAACUGUCGGAGUGCCUAUUUGGAACCCCUCUACCAAUGGAAUAGCUGGUCAGAGAAAAACGUUUGUUUGGCUUACUAUGGAUGUUUACCGUUGAUGAAGCCGAAUCGAAAGCGAUCAGCUCCCUCACCAAAAGAUAACACUCUUAAAGUCAUCAAAGUUCACCAACAAAGCUCUCUAGAGAAUAAUCCAGAAAAUAAUGCCCAACCUGCUUAUCCGGAACUCUUGCAAGAGAAUGUUCUCACCGAUCAUUUUUACUCGGAAUCGCAAGAGCAAGUUAACAAAGCUUAUCGAAAAAUCGAGAUCUCACCUCAAAAAGGAAAUCGCCCACAAUUGACAACGUUAGAAGAAGUUCUUGUGAAUGAGCCAACCGGAGUCGUUUAUGAGGGAGAAGAAGUGAUGACCCGACCAUUCACUUACACUCUUCCACCAUUGCCCCCACAAACGAUCGACGAUGAGAAAUUGCAAAGGCGACAGGCUGCAGCGAUAGAAGCUAGGCUACGUUUGUUUGGAGAAACUUCAUCAGUCGAGCUCCCAACUGGAUAUUGUCAAAUUGAGACUGAAGACGGGCCACGGCUUAUUCGAGUUCACCGGUCUUCCAAGAAAUUAGCUUCUUUUAGAAAA